AUGCCGCGCCGAAACAGCAAUGCGCCCACUAUCCCCUUGGUUGCGACCAUAGAUAUAGGAACAACCUCGUCCCGUGCGAUUUUGUUUUCUGAGCAAGGCCAGGAAAUCGCCAAACACCAGAUCGAGUACUCGACAACAGCUUCGGAAGCACCCGAACACUCGCAAAACACCGAGCAGUUUCGAAGAAGAUCCUCCUUGUUGAGGCACGAGGACCCCAUCUUUUCGGCUGAAGGUAUAGCUAUUUCCAUCAGCGACAAUGUCGAGAUUGAAAACAACAAGUCGUCGGUGGGACCCACGUUGAGGUUCCCGCAGCCGGGGUGGGUCGAGUGUAUGCCCGUGCAUAUCUUGGCCAACGCCGUGCAGUGUCUUGUUGCCUGUUUGAUCACGUUGAGAAAGAUCAACUUGAACCCCAACUUGAAAGUGAAAUACAAGGUCAAGUGCAUUGGUAUUGCCAACAUGAGAGAAACGACCAUUGUGUGGUCCAAGAAAACGGGUAAGCCCUUAAGUGGCGGUAUUACUUGGACCGACGUGAGAACUGCCGAAAUUGUGCAGCAUUUGGAGAAAAUGAUCGAUGAGGACCGCAAAGCCGAGUUGAGGGAAAAGACCGGGUUGCCGUUGUCGACAUAUUUCUCAGCUGCCAAGUUGAGGUGGUUGUUGGAUAACGAUGAUACUAUUAGAGAAGAAUACGAAAAGGGCGAUGGCAACCUCAUGUUUGGAACAGUGGACACAUGGUUGAUUUACCAUUUGACAAAGGAAAAGACUUUUGUUUCAGACAUCACCAAUGCAUCGAGAACCUAUUUCAUGGACUUGGAGACUCGCGACUAUGACGACGACUUGUUGGACUUUUGGGGAAUCGACCCCACAAAGAUUAGAAUGCCCAAGAUUGUAUCGUCCUCGGAGUUUUACGGUUCCUUUGCCGCGCCAAACUUGUCGAACUUGGGGUUCCACAACAAAAUCACCCAAGAAGCUUAUGACAUUUUGAAAACCAUCACCGGUAUCCCCAUUUGUGGAUGUCUAGGCGAUCAAAGCGCCUCGUUGGUGGGCCAAUUAGCAUUCAACCCCGGUUCCGCCAAAUGCACAUAUGGUACCGGUUGUUUCCUCUUGUACAACACGGGUAACCGUAAAUUGAUCAGUGAGCACGGUGCAUUGACGACUCUUGGUUACUGGUUCCCCACUUUGGGUGGAGAAAAGGGCAAACCUUUUUACGCAUUGGAAGGAUCGAUUGCAGUUGCUGGUUCAAUCAUCCAGUGGUUGAGAGAUAACUUGAAGAUGAUUGAAAAUGCCAAGGAUAUCGGCCCUUUGGCUUCCCAGGUGGAAAGUUCGGGUGGUGUCGUUUUUAUUCCUGCGUUUAGUGGGUUAUAUGCUCCGUAUUGGGAUCGAGGCGCCAGAGGUACCAUCUUUGGAAUGACUCAAUACACAUCUGCUUCGCAUAUUGCGAGAGCCGCGUUGGAAGGUGUCUGCUAUCAAGUCCGGGCAAUUUUGAAAGCCAUGGCUAGCGACGCUGGUGAGUCCGAGGAUUUCUUGGAAGAGUCGUUGAGCUCGCAACAUGAAAGGAAGCCGUUGGCGAACUUGGCCACCGAUGGCGGUAUGUCCAAGGCAGAUGAAGUGUUGCAGAUCCAAGCUGAUAUCUUGGGGCCCUGUAUCACCGUCAAGAGAGCGCAAAUCUCGGAGUGUACCGCGUUGGGUGCUGCCAUUGCUGCGGGUCUUUCAUUCAAGGACCCCGAAGACCGGAUAUGGAAGGACUUGGAUGACGUUGUCAAGAAGAUUGAAAGUGGCGCCAGCGGCAAGCAGAAUGAGUUCCAUGCCGAGUUGCCCGAUGCCGAGCGGAGGAAAAACUGGAAGAGAUGGGAAAGAGCCGUAGAGAGAGCUAGAGGUUGGCUAGCAGACGACGAUUAG